GCAUGCGUGUGGUGCACCUUGCAUGUAGAGGAAAAAGAGUAUAUGCUUAGGUAUAAAAACAAUGUUUUCCGUGUGCUAGCAAAACAUGAGCCAGAAGAGAUGAACCUGUUGUCUGCGACGUGCAGAAAUGCCUUGAGCAAGUUGAUCUGUGCUGGGCAGGACAGUGAGCAGCAUUCCAGACCGGGGGCAGAGGUGUAGUUUGUGGCUGCAAGAGGAUUAAUGCAGUCUAUGGCCCAUGGCAAAAAACCUCUCUGCCAGGCUGGGCCGCGUUCUCUCCGCAGAACGCCCCAUUCUCCCUGGAAUUCGGUGGUCGGCAGACUCGAGCGGUUGCCAGGCUGCCUCUCCGGCGGCAGACGUCCACGGCUGCGUAACAGCUGCAGCAUGAAGGAGCAGAAACUCUACUGCUGUAGACCCGUCCUACCUGCGUGUGCACAGCUCAUCCAGCAGCUUCUGUGAUUGUUUGCCCCUUCCUCUUGGACAGAUGAGCCUGUUGCCCCUCUAGUUAAGUAACACCUCUGUUCCGGAUCUGGCAAAAGCACGUUUGACCAAGGAGAAGAAAGAGAAGACGCAAGAGAAACAUGCAGCAUUGGAAGAUGAGUGGAUGACAAACUACUUCAGCCAGUAGAGCUUAUUGAUCGGAUGACGAACUACUUGACUUUGGCCGGUAGAGCUUGUCAUUGAUUGGAUGCUUCCUCAGAAGUCACUGGGUGGAUUUUCUGUCUAUGUAGGGAGUUUCCAUUCCCUGUGUAGUAUGUUUUGACUAUAAAAGCCUGUACUCAGCAUCUGUGACUCAAAUACCAAAAUGAAGCUGAAAAGGGGUAAAGGGGAGAGCUCUGACACUGAUGAAGGUCCGAAGGGGAAAAUGACACUUUUGCUCGCAAUGGUAACGCUGAUAUCUGCCUUUGGAUCAUCUUUCCAGUACGGCUACAACGUCUCUGUGAUCAAUUCUCCAGCCCCGUACAUGCAAGCCUUCUACAACCAAACGUACCUGGAGAGGAAUGGAGAACCUAUGGACGGUGCCUUCCAGACGCUGCUCUGGUCUCUCACUGUGUCUAUGUUCCCGCUGGGAGGUUUCUUUGGGUCGCUCGUGGUGGCACCUCUGGUUAACAGGUGUGGUCGAAAGGGCACCUUGCUGAUAAAUAACCUCUUCUCCAUUGUUGCUGCAAUCCUUAUGGGAACCUCAGAGGUAGCAAAAACCUUUGAAGUAAUCAUCCUUUCACGUGUUAUCAUGGGAAUAUAUGCUGGCCUGGCCUCCAACGUGGUUCCCAUGUUCCUGGGAGAAAUAUCCCCCAAAAAUCUGAGAGGUGCUAUCGGGAUAAUACCCCAGCUCUUUAUCACCGUUGGAAUCCUUGUCGCUCAGGUCCUUGGCCUCAACAGCAUCCUUGGGAAUGCUGAAGGCUGGACAGUGCUGCUGGGGCUCACUGGGAUCCCAUCAUUAAUUCAGCUCCUUAUAUUGCCCUUUUUCCCUGAGAGUCCCCGAUACCUGCUCAUACAAAAGGGCAAUGAAGAGCAAGCACGGCAAGCUCUGCAGAAGUUGAGAGGCUGGGACGAUGUGGAUGAUGAGAUAGAAGAAAUGCGUGAGGAAGACCGGUCGGAAAAGGAAGAAGGGCGGUUCUCUGUGCUCAGCCUGUGCACCUUCAGAGGCUUGCGAUGGCAGCUCAUCUCCAUCGUUGUCAUGAUGAUGGGUCAGCAGCUCUCUGGGAUUAAUGCGGUCUUCUACUACGCAGACAGAAUCUUCUUGUCAGCAGGCGUGGACAAAAAUAACGUUCAAUACGUCACUGUCUCGAUAGGUGCCGUCAACGUCGUCAUGACUUUCCUUGCUGUUUUCAUUGUGGAGUCAGUGGGGAGGAGAAUCCUUCUCCUUGCUGGCUUUGGAUUGUGCUGUCUCUCCUGUGCAGUGUUAACGCUGGCCCUCAAUCUCCAGACGGCUCUCUCGUGGAUGUCUUACAUCAGCAUAGUGUGUGUCAUUGUUUACAUCAUUGGACAUGCUAUCGGAGCCAGUCCAAUUCCCUUUGUGUUGAUCACUGAGAUGUUCCUGCAGUCAUCCCGACCCGCAGCAUUCAUGGUGGGUGGAUCUGUGCACUGGCUGUGCAACUUCACCGUGGGGCUUGUGUUCCUCUAUAUGGAGGCUGGACUGGAGGCCUACAGCUUCCUCAUUUUCUGUGCCAUCUGCCUGGCCACUAUGAUUUACGUCUUCAUUAUCGUCCCUGAGACGAAGAACAAAACCUUCAUGGAAAUCAACAGAAUCAUGGCCAAGAGAAACAAGGUGGAGAUUCAGGCAGAAAAAGAAGAGCUCAAGGAUUUCCAGACUGUCCCAGAGGAGCAGGCAGAGAAGAAAGUAGUCUUCAGCAGUCACCUGUGACCCAGUCCAGCAUUUGGCCUGUCCCAGGCAUGUUCAGGAUCUGUUCAGUAGGAGAACAGCUAUGUGGCUUGAUCUUGACCUUCCUUCAGACUCUUUGCACACUUCUCUUGCAGAUGAGUGAGGAGUGAUGCCCUUCCUUCAUAAGGGAGAAGCAGCAAUAUGUUUUAUUGAGAUAAGAUAGUGAUUUAACAAAGUUCAAUUGUAAAUAAAACAGUGAUUUAACAAGGGUUGAUGGCAAGGUUCACCUGUUUGUUUACUGCAUGGAAGACCAGAUCAGAUAAAAGUGUCAAGGAGACCCUC